CACUUGUUGACUUGCUGACACAUCCCAGAAGAUGGAAAAAGAAUCCGAACAGGAGAAACCAGAAGGAGGCAGCUCGAGAAAAUCCCCCUUUAGUUUGUUCAUGAAUCAGCUACAGGGGAAAAAAUCCUCUGAGAAAGAGGGGAAAUCCCAGAGCUCCUUGGUCAGCAGAUUGUUCAAGGGGUCUAAACCCAAUCCUCCCAAAACUGACCUUAAAAAGGAGGCCAGUGAGCUGGAAACAACUGAUUCUCAACCUGAUAAUGAGAUGGAGACUGAGGCCGGGAUCAAAACCCAAACUGAGACCAGCUCCAAGACACCAACCACCUCAGAAACAGAUUUAGGAUCCAAUACAGCUAAAAUAGAACAGUUCCUGCAGAAGAUGGGAAAGAAACCCAACAGCAGAAGCAUCGAUCUGAACAACUGUGGAUUGACAUCAACUGACAUUGCUGAACUCGUUGCUUUAUUGCCUCUUCUCCCAGACCUGGAAGAACUGGAUGUUUCCUGGAAUGACCUCAUAGGUGGAGCUCUCAGGCCAAUCAUGUUGCAAAUUCAUCAUAUCAGCAAGUUAAAAAUCCUCCGACUGAAUAACUGUAGACUCACAACCGAUGAUGUCUUAGCAUUGGGAGAAGCCCUUAAAACUACCCCAGACCUAGAAGAACUCAACUUAUCCUGGAACAGUAAUGUGGGAGGAAACCUGAGACAGAUCAUGCAGGGAAUGCAAGAGGGAAGCAAGGUCCAAAUCCUAAAGUUUAUGGACUGCGACCUCACAGCAGAAGAUGCAGCCUCGAUAGGUCAGGUGCUACCCCUGAUGCAGAAUCUCGAAGUGUUUGAUCUUUCUAUAAACAGAAACAUUGGCUGCAGUCUAGCCAGUAUCAUGCAGGGGCUGAAAAAUACCCCCAACCUGAAAGUAUUAAAGUUACAUACCUGUGGCUUAACUCGAGACAGCAUUCAGAUUGUAGGUGCUGCUUUUGGAUAUCUGCCCGAGUUAAGGAAGCUGGACCUAUCCGGCAACAAGGAGGCAGGGGGAGGGUUUAAAGACGCUGCAGCCCACUUGGCUCAUCUGAAGCAGCUCCAAGCUCUGGACCUUCACCAGUGUUCCUUAUCAGAAGAGGACAUAGCAUCUCUGACCCAGGUCAUCCCUUUACUCUCCAGUCUUCAGGAAUUGGAUCUAUCGGCCAACAAGAACGUGGGCGGCUCUUCUGAAAAUCUCCUCAGCAGGCUGCGGUUUUUACCAGAGUUGGCAACUUUAGUCAUGCAUGGCUGCGCCUUGGGAAAGGAUGCAUUCACAGCUCUCGCUGAAGCCUCCAUGUAUCUCCCUGCCUUGAAGAUACUUGACCUUUCUUGGAAUAAGUAUGUUGGAGGAAACCUAAAUCUGCUUUUGGAGACUCUGAAGCUUUCAGCUGCCCUCCAAGUGCUAAGACUGAGAAGCUGCUCCUUGGUCACCGAAGAUAUGGCUCUCCUGGCAUCUGUUAUACAAACCGGUUACCUUAGCAAACUUCAACAGCUGGAUCUAAGCUAUAAUGACAACAUUUCAGAUGAAGGUUGGGCUACCUUCUGUCAAAAUGUGCCGUUCUUAAAGGAACUGACCUUGUUGGAUAUCAGCCUUCGGCCGGCCAAUUUUCGGGAAUGCGGACCAUGGUUUGGACACUUGCUAAACAGUCUGACCAAACUGCCUAUGCUCUCUGAGCUAGGAAUCCGAAGAUGGAGGAUCCCAGUACCUCAGGAGGAAGACCUGGAGUAUUUUAACCGAAAUCACAAAAGAAGCAUCCACUUUGACUAUGGUGGAUUCCAAUGA